AUGUUGUCUACUUCCAGUAUUACUAGAUCAUUAGCUAGAACAAUUCCUCGUGCUGUCUCUGGUACCUCGAGAACUCCAGCUUUUCGUCUAUUUUUGAGAUGCCAAUCUACUUCUCAUGGUAACAAUAACUUGAACAAAAAUGAACUACCCUUUAAAUUUAGUCCCACUGGUCCUAAAUUAGUUAAAUAUUCUAAGGAUCAUGAAUGGUUAGCAAUGCAUGCCGACGGUACUACUUUCUUAGGUAUUACUGAUUAUGCUGCAGCUGCUUUAGGUGAUGCAACUUACAUUGAAUUACCAGAGGCUGAUACUGAAGUCGAUGCUAAUGACUCUAUUGGUUCUGUUGAAUCUGUAAAAUCUGCUUCUGAAGUUUAUGUCCCAGUAAAUGGUACAGUUGUGGAAGGUAAUACCGAUUUGGAAAGUAGUCCGCAAUUGAUUAACUCCGAUCCAAUGGGUAAAGGUUGGAUUGCUAAAUUAAAAGUUGAUGAAGCUACAAAUAAAGAUAUUUUAGAUAAAUUAUUUACUUUAGAGCAAUAUGAACAAUUCUUAAAGAGUGAUGAGUAG